AUGAUCAGCUGUUCGCCGGACAAGAACUCGGACCUGUUCUUUGCAGCACUGGGUGGGUUGGGUCGGUUUGGGGUCAUAACCCGGGCUCGGAUCGCGUUUGAACCCGCUCCCAAACGGGUUCUUUGGGUCCGACUCGCCUACGCAGAUGUACAAUCGUUCACCGGUGACCAGGAACUGCUCAUCUCGAAACGGUCUGCCGGCGAUUCCGGUGGUUUCGACUACAUUGAGGGUCAAGUCCAGCUGAACCGGAUCCUCACCGAGGGCCGGAGGUCGUCUUCCUUCUUCUCAGCCCUAGAGCUCGAUCAGCUUGCCAAGCUCGUCCAUGGCACCGGGUCUGCCGCAAUCUACUACAUCGAGGGUGCAAUGUACUAUCAUGAGGAUACUGCCUCCUCCUCAUCCUCUGUGAAACUUGGGACGCUACUGGAAGAGCUGAGCUUCGUCCCGGGGCUUGCGUUCGUCAGAGACGUGUCCUACGUGGAUUUUCUCGACCGAGUUGGCCGCGACGAGCAGAAGCUGCGGUCGGCCGGCGUCUGGGACGUGCCGCACCCAUGGCUGAACCUCUUCGUCCCGAGGUCGCGCAUCGUGGACUUCGACGCCGGCGUGUUCAAGGGCAUCCUCAAGGACACCAAGCCCGUGGGGCUCGUCCUCAUGUACCCCAUGAACAAGGACAGGUGGGACGACAGGAUGACGACGUCCACGCCGGACGAGGACGUGUUCUACGCCGUAGGGCUGCUGCGCCGGCGAUCUGGAGCGGCUGGAGAGGGAGAACGCCGCCGUUCUGGAGUUCUGCCACCGGGAGGGCAUAGGGUGCAAGCAGUACCUGCCGAGCCACGCGUCGCGGGACGCCUGGUGGCGGCAUUUCGGCGAGAAAUGGAGCAGGUUCGCCGCGCUGAAGCACAAGUACGCCCCGCGGGCGAUUCUUUCGCCGGGGCAGGGGAUCUUCGUCUCCGCCGCCGGUGA